AUGGAUAUUCUCUAUGAAGAAGAUUUUUUACAGACACAAAAAUCCUAUCAUGGAAAAACUAUCUAUGAAUGGAACAUAGAUGGUCUUUCAGAAUACCAGAUAUUUGAAUUAUUACAUCAAAUGAUCAUGUAUUCAACAAUUUGCAAACAAAAUGAGAAUGACGAUCAUGAGAUCACUCGAUUCUUACUCAAUGGUUUUACCGGCAUCCUAAAAGCAUGGUGGGAUAAUAUUAUUACAAAUACCCAACAAAUAGAAAUUCUUACAGCAUUUAAAAGGAUUACAGAUCCUUUAACAGGUACUGUUCAAUCUGAACAAGACGCUGUUUAUACUUUUAUCAAUACCAUUCUACACUAUUUUGUAGGAGCCUCUCCUGAUGGUUUAGAAGAUAGGAGUAGAGAACUUUUACAGAAUCUAAGAUGUCCGUCUUUAUCCCAUUUUCGAUGGUAUAAAGAUGUGUUCAUGAUGAGAGUAGUAAGAAGAUCUGAUGCUAACAGUGAACAUUGGAAAGCCAAGUUCAUUGAUGGUCUUCCUACCUUCUUUGCUGAAAGAAUCAGAAAGAAAUUAAGGGAUAAACAUAGUAAAAUGUCUAUUCCUUAUUUAGAAUACACUUAUGGUCAACUCAUAAGAAUUGUUACAGUAGAAGGUCUUGCUCUUUGUAAUGAUCUAAAAUUACAGAAUCAAAUGAAAAAACAAAGUCAUAAUGAAUUAGGAGAAUUUUGUGAACAAUUUGCCUAUGACACUAAAAUACAGUAUCCUUCCAAACAUAAACAUAAAAAACAUAAGUAUGGAAAAUCUCCAAAAGAUUAUUCCAAAAAAUACAGAAAAAAGAAAUAUUAUAAACAAGUCCAGCAACCCCAGCCUUCAAAGAUUAAAGGCAAACAGAAGAAAACUUAUCCUCAAAAGGAUAAGACUACAGUUAAAUGUUACAAAUGUGGACAAAUUGGUCACUAUGCUAAUCGAUGUAAGGCCAAGAUACAACAAAAAUUAAAUGAAUUAGCUUUAGAUGACGAAAUCCAGUAA